AUGGCCAGCAGCAGCCGAUCGGCCGACCCCCAGGACCAAAGGAGGCACGCCUACUUCUACCACCAGGCCGUGCGGGACCUGCAGCCAGUGUGGAUGCUGGAAGACUUGAGGAAUAUGGAGUAUUUCUACUGGGAGGAGAACACCAACAUGAGAGUCUACUCUCCCUCUGAAGCCCUAAUUUACGCCGUGGUCCACAACCACCUGCCUUACGCCCAGUACCUCCUACACCAUUUCCCCCAGGAGGCCCUCCAGCUGCCCGAGGACGGUGGCUACACCUGCCCUUCCUUCGCCCGACACCUGGCCAUGGCCGUCACCUACGACCGCACGGACAUCUUGGAGCUCAUCAUCAAAAUAGCUCGGAAGUACGCCAGCCUCCGAUCCUACAUCAACCGGACCGGCUGCGCCCACCUGGAGGACGGCAAGACCCCGCUGCACCUGGCCUGCGAGCUGCUGCGGGUGGAGACCGUGCUCAUCCUGUUGGGGAACGGGGCGUCGCCGGACAUCGAGGACAGCCAAGGCUUUAAUCCUUUGGACCGGCUCUUGUGGAAGAUGAGGGAGUCCAAGGUGAAUUUAGCCAUCAGACACUUGUGUCUGGAACACCUGAUGCUGUUCAGCCCCCGGCCGCCCCGUUUCAAGCUGCGCCAGAACCUGCAGGAGCAGUCCGAGUUCUGGAUGGAGCUGCUCGGACAGGAAAAGUACACCUGCCUGGUUGGGACCAGCCCCCCAUCGCUCUUCUUCCAGGCCAUGCAGGUGGUGAUGCAUGCUCUGCCUCCGGCACGCUUCCCCAGCAGCAUUCAGGAACUCCCUAUCCCCCAGUUCCUAAUGCCCCUGCCUGCCCGGGCCACGAAGUGGGGACAGGCCUUGCCAGAGGCACCGGGAGACGGAAGAAAGGAUCCACUGCCGGACACUCCACCUAACCCCAGAGACUGAACUGCGAGAAUCAAAACAGACCUGACUUCAAGACAUUGGCUGAAUGGCGGCCCCGCUGACCUCUACUCCAAGCAAGAGGAUGCUUCGGACUUCUGGGGAGAGGAACGGCCAUCUCGUUAUCCUUGUUAUUUGUGUAAGAUGGCAAGUUCUGCCAACAAUGUUAUCUGUAUAUAGGUUAAACUACCCAUAUAAAAUGGCCACAGGAUUAGUGGUUUAUACUAGUCUGCCCCUCUGAUGCUGGCUGAACCCCAACCCCUGCAAAGACCCUCCCCUUAAACCUUGCUGAAGAAACAGACUGUUGACGGAGCUUAGGGGUUUCCCAAAGUAACUUGGAGCCUGUUGGGUUUUCGUUUGAUUUUAUCGAAAUUGGUAUAUAGA